AUGAAGCCCUCUACUCUGCUCGCAACCGCGCUCUCCGCCACCGCCGUCGCGGCGGCCGGCAACGAUACCUCUUCUGACUGUGCCACCGGCCUGUACAUGAUCGUCGCGCGGGGAAGCGGCGAGCCCGCGGGCACGGGUCGCAUGGGCACCGUCGCCGGCAACGUGACGGAGCGCAUCCAAGGGUGCAAGGUCGUCCCGCUUGACUACCCGGCCCAGUUCUCGGGGUACAGCGCCUCGGAGGGUGCUGGUGUGACAGCCAUGCGGCUCGCCAUCGAGACGUACGUCAAGAAGUGCCCGUCGGGCAAGUACGCGCUGCUGGGCUGGUCGCAGGGUGCGCAGGUCGAGCUCGACACUAUCUGCGGCACAUCCGAAGGCCAGGUGUUCAACAAGACGGAGCCCAUUGACACCAAGCUGACCGAGAAUCUUGUCGCGGUGGUUGGGUACGGUGACCCGACACACGUCCCGGGCCUGUCUUGGACACUCGGUACGAGCAAGGACAAGGGCAUUUUCCCCCGCCAGGACACCGCCGCCUGCGAUCCCUACGCCAGCAGGAUCCACACGUGGUGCGACACUGGUGACAUCUACUGCGACGGCGGCAACAUCACCGCCGUUCACAGCAGUUAUUUUGCCAAGUACACCAGCGCGGCCGUCGACUUCAUUGUGGAGCGGUACAAUGCGGCGGUGAACGGCACAUCUGGCGGCGGCAACUCUUCGUCCGGCGGCUCCGGCUCCGGCUCCGGCUCCGGCUCGGGUAGCGGAAGCGGAAGCGGAAACGGCGGAUCGAGCAAGACAAGCAGCUCGACACCGUCGCCUACGUCUUCGACAACGAAGAACGGCGCGGUGCGGAUGAGCGGCGGCGCUGUGGGAUAUGUCGUCGCGGGCGUUCUAGCUCUGAUGAUUUACGCGUAG